UAUUGCAGGUAGUUCAUUCUGUUCGGCACCUGCAAGCGGUCUCCUGAAUAGUGGUACAAUCCGGGAACAGAUAUCAUAAUCGUGAAAGCGGGGGCCACCGCUUGUUGGACAGGUCCUUGAGAUGAAAGUUCCACGGCACACAUGCGUCAGCGCGGUCUGUUUGAUCGUGCUGGCAGCUGCUGGCAGUCUGCCGACGGUCACGGCGAAGCGUUACUGCGGCGAUCAGCUAACGAGCGCGUUGGCAAUGUUAUGUGUGGAGUAUUACACGCUGGAAGAUCUCCGUAGGAACACAGUUGGAUUCUACCCCCAAAUGUCUCCCAUCCAAUUCACGUCCCAGGGAACCGACUGGGAAUCCGGGGAAAACUUUAAUGAGAACGAAUUUAAAAGGAACUUUAACAUGGACCCACACGACAACGCGCUGGACGCGGACGGCGACGAGUUGACAUCACAGUGGUUUAGGAAGAAACCAUUCCAUCGGUUCAUCGUGCCGCACAUUAAGGCACGGAUGCGACGCGACGUGGCGAACGAAUGCUGCCGGGAGGAAUGCAGUAUGCGGCAGCUUCUGUCCUACUGUAAGGUGGUAGCGCCGGGAGUGUCGAGUGAUUAGAUUCUCCUCGCAGCAACAUCAAUGCAGCUUCCAAUGUUGAGCCCAAAAACGAACUAGACAUUAGUGAGGGGGAAGGCGUAUAUAUUUAUUUUAGAGGGACUUGUGAGCAAAUGGUCGCAUAAGACUUUUAACACUAGUUUUGCAGAUUGCAGGUGCUGUUGUAAGAGGGAAUGCUCGAACGUUGUACAAAAGAAAGGAUUCUGGCUGUGCCGGGGUGCGAACACGAAUGACAUGGACAUGGAUGGUCAGCUUUAAAUAAAUCGGUUUAAUGCAAAUGCA